AUGACUCAAUCCGGUGAGAUACCCUCUGGUUGUCCCUGGAGUCUCGGAAACCUACCCGACCGGGAGAACAACAGCAUUCUACUUCCCAAGUCAGGUGUGAAGAUGUUUUACCGGGAGCUUAGACCAUCGGUCCCCGGAAACAACGGAGCUUAUCAUCCUCUUCUGAUGCUACAUGGCUUCCCAUCGUCAUCGCACCAAUACCGCAAUAUCAUGCCCCAUAUCGCAGGAACAUUCCAUGUGAUUGCUCCGGAUCUACCUGGAUUUGGGUUCACAGAGACUCCCCCUGAUUUCAAGUUUACAUUUGGGAAUCUGACGACCAUUCUGGCCGAAUUCCUCGAUGAGCUUGCCAUCUCCAUAUUCAAUAUAUACAUCUUCGACUACGGCGCGCCUGUGGGCCUCAGGCUGGCACUCCAGCGACCGGAGGCUAUCCACUCCAUUAUCACUCAAAAUGGUAACGCCUACGUGGAGGGAUUUGGGGAGGUUUGGGCACCAAUCAAGGAGUUCUGGGCCAGCGAGAACACACCGGAUGACCGAGCCAAGAUUGCUCAAGCCAUGCUGACCUUCGACAUAACCAAGUUCCAGUACGAGAACGGCACUCCCGCUCUCGCGAAGAUCGCACCCGAAGCAUACUAUCUCGACUACGCUCUGAUGGAGCGUCCGGGCAAUAAAGACAUCCAGUUGGACCUGUUCAUGGACUAUCAGCAUAACGUGGCUAUGUAUGAAGACUUUCAUCGUUAUUUCAGGGAAUCACAAGUUCCCCUGCUCGCUAUCUGGGGCAAGAACGACGUCUUCUUCAUUCCGCCCGGGGCGGAGGCAUUCAAAAAGGAUCUACCGAAUGCGCAAGUCAAGUUGAUCGACGCCGGGCACUUUGCUGCUGAAAGCCACUCAGAAACUAUUGCUCAAGAGAUCAUGAAGUUCCUCCUCGAGGUUGUCUAUCCCAUCCCGCGUUGA